AAUACCGGCCCCCUCUUCAAUUUCUUGCCCAUUCUUCAAUUGGGUCAGCCAGACGAUUUCAAUUGCGAAAGAUAAUCCCAUCCAAUUCGAUCAGCGUCCAGACUCGCGCCACAAGAAAUGGGAAAAAGAAAAUCAAGAGCAAAGCCCCCACCUAAGAAGAGGAUGGAUAAGCUCGACACUGUUUUUAGCUGCCCCUUCUGCAAUCAUGGGACCAGCGUGGAAUGUCGCAUUGAUAUGAAGAACCUGAUUGGGGAAGCCUCCUGUAGGAUUUGUCAAGAGGGCUUUAGCACAACCAUUACAGCCUUGACAGAGCCAAUAGACAUAUAUAGCGAAUGGAUUGAUGAAUGUGAGCGGGUAAACAACCUUGAGGAAGAUGAUGCUGCCUAGGGGUAUCAAAGGGGAAGGUUGAAGUUCGCCGUUUCUCCAUGAAAAAAGAAGCUGGCUAGUUCGAAGUACGUUUUAUGAAUCAAUCUAAAUUAAGAGGGUCUCACUCUGGUAGGUAUAACAACACUCUUAGCCUCAUAGCAGUAUAGACAAGCAUGUAUGUACAGUAGUAUGUUGUAACGCGAAUUUUACAUACUCUGUAAUUUUCUUUCAUGAUUUUUGAAUCUCGGAUCUUGGACACAAAAGUAAUGGUAAUGCGAAUUUUCUUCCA